GCAGUCUCGUCUGGCAGUAGUGGCUCCUCGACGACUUUCUCUCCUCCACUGCUUCUGCUUUCUCUUCACUCGCACUUUUAAAAUUAUUCUUCUCUUUCUCUCUAACUGCAAAUUAUCUCUUACAUUUCUUGAAUGUGGUCGCUUUUAUUUUCUGCCUCUUACAUUUUGUUGUCUUUAUUUUCGACCGUCUUCAGUGAGCAGGAUACGGUAGGAAUAUUUGAUUUUGACCAAGUAGUAGUUACUCCCCAUCAUCACGUAAAUAAUUCGCGUUGGGCCAGAGAACAUGGAGCAGAGUUGGAAAUAAGGACGCAUAAAUUUCCGUACGGGCAUAAUAACAAUCCCAUUACGUCAACACUUUACAAUACAAAUGCACGUCGAAGAAGAGGAGCAAGUGGAGAAAGCAAGGGCAGAUUUCGUCGAAAUGCGGGCCAAUAUCCGUCUCAUCAAGAGUUGAAACAACUUUCACAAAAUAUUACGGGGAUCUUGGAUGGUUUCAGUAAAAAGUAUGAUAGGCGAGUUCGGCCCAAUUAUGGAGACGAACCUGUGGAAGUGGGUGUAACCAUGUUUGUCUUGAUGAUAAGCUCGAUAUCGGAAGUAUUGAUGGACUUUACCGUGGAUUUCUACUUUCGACAAAUGUGGAAGGACCCUCGUCUUGCUUUUAGUGGUCCGGAAACCGUAAAGACUCUCAGCGUUGGGAGUGAUUUCUUGAAACAGAUUUGGGUGCCGGAUACAUUUUUUGUCAACGAGAAAACAUCCUAUUUCCAUACGGCGACUACAUCCAAUGAAUUCUUGAGAAUUUCCAACGAAGGGGAUAUAACAAGAUCACUCCGAUUAACGGUAACUGCUACGUGUGCCAUGGACCUUAAAUACUUUCCUAUGGAUUCACAGCUUUGCAAUAUUGAGAUUGAAUCUUUUGGCUACACUAUGGCUGAUAUUCGUUACAAAUGGGCAAAAGGGGCUGGCUCUGUCGGGGUGUCGGAUGAAGUGUCCCUCCCUCAAUUUAAGGUGCUUGGAUUUCGGCAAAAAGCAUUCGAAAUUUCUCUCUCCACUGGAAACUACUCGAGAUUAGCGUGUGAAAUUCAAUUCGUGAGAUCGAUGGGAUACUAUUUGAUUCAGAUCUACAUUCCAAGCAUGCUCAUUGUUGUCAUUUCCUGGGUAUCAUUCUGGGUAAACCGUAACGCUGCCCCUGCAAGAGUUUAUCUUGGAAUUACUACUGUUUUGACCAUGACUACUCUCAUGUCAUCGGUGAAUAAAGAGUUGCCAAAAAUCAGCUACGUCAAAAGUAUCGAUAUAUUCCUGGGGACUUGUUUCUUAAUGGUGUUCGCCGCCUUGUUGGAAUAUGCAACCGUUGGAUAUCUCGCGAAACAUAUCCAGCGUCGCGUCAUGCACUUCGCCUCUCUUAAAAAAAUGGCUGACGAAUUGACAGCCAAACGACGCGAAGCAGAAGAGGAAGCCCGACGACAGGAAGAAAUUGUGAACCAAAGUCUGGAAUUAAUGUAUCACCGCCGGCAAGAAGAAUACCGUCAUCAGCAACAACUUCGACAACACGCCUCGGACACUGACAGGUCGCCAAAUCCGAUCCCCACAUCUGGCUCGUUUUCCCACCAUCCCCACCAGUACAGUUUGCGACAAGGACAGCCCCCACACGGGAAUUAUUACGGUGGUGGGAGUGGCACAAUGACUCCAAAUGCUGCAACCUUGGGAAGGAAACGAGAGGAUGGGAGCGUCAUGGACACUCCUGCUGGUAGAAAAAAGAUGGGGGGAAGAAACAGUGCUCUGGAAUUCGGUUGUGUGCCAAAACCGGAACAAACAAUCCGGCCUGUUGUACCCAUAAAUCCAAACCAAAUUUGUGGAAUUACGCCAUCUGAUAUUGAUAAGUACUCAAGAGUCGUGUUCCCCGUUUGCUACAUUUGCUUCAAUUUAAUUUAUUGGAUAACCUAUCUGCACAUUAGUAACGUUAACCCUGGCGAUCUCACAUUGAUUGGGGGAUAAAAAUGUGCAUGAAAUAUUUCCCAAUGUUAGUCAGACACUGUGCCAGUCAAAUCCUUGUAAGGAAAUGUAAUUCUGUCAAGUUCGAUACAUGCAUUCAAAGAUUAAGACUUUGUCCCAUUAGUGGGUGUAACUUUAACCGUUGCUGGAGUAACGUAACUAAACUAUAAUGUUCCACAUCCCAAUUUUUGAAAACUGCUAAUCUCACUGUUGACGAGGGGACGCAUUGUAGUUUGCCUUCUAUACUUGUUUAGAAAGUAAAAAUGGAAAAUUAAAAGACUAGAAAGACAUAUUUCAUAUAGUAACACACUUCUUCUAGGAACUUGAUCUUUUGCAUGUGAUGGAGUAGACCAUUGUAAUAAAUGUAACAACAAACCUUGUUGGGUGCUCACCCUUCCUGCCUCAAAUAAUUGAUAAAAAACUUAUAAUUGCUCAUACAUUAAUGUGACUGUAUACAUGUACAUAUACAACAAGUACAUGUACAAAUAUAGCGUAAAUUUGUUAUAAUGUUAUAGUUAAAAUCUGCGCUGAUUCAUAAACAGAGGAAGGAGUUGAUAUUUUGGUGAAAGUUCUUCAUGCACCAUUGUCUGUAGCAACUACUUGCAUAAAUACUUCAACUUAUUGUUAGCAUGUGCGAUUUUCAGACUCUGUUAGACGUAAUAAUGUAAUAACCUUGACCGUUUUUGCAAUAAAAUAUCAGAAACAGUAAAAUUAUAUCUUCUGUCUGAAUUUAUUUAUGAGAAAGUGUUCUGACAUUUCUGACAAUUUAUCUAAUCAGUGCCACUGAUCUCACUCUGGUGGGCUAAAAAUAGUAUGCACAGACCAGAUCAAGAAGAAAGUACUCCCCAGUGGGAUCUUUAUAUCGCUUUGGAGAAAUCCAACCACUUUCUUUAUGCAAUAUUGAACUAGUUCUCUCUGAUGACCGUGUGUGUACUACUCUUCACAAGUUUCACUAUGAUUUCGUCCCUGAAUUCACUGUAUAUACACACAUGUUUGUAUUUACGUACAUAUGUGUUUGAUAAUCUGUGCAAUAAAUGCAUUAAUAAUAA